AUAGAUAAAGAAAGAGUUAGUGGAAGAAGAAAAAAGGAUAGGAGAAAGAGUGUAAGAGAGGGAGGGAGUAUUAAUUUGGCUUUCCAAACACUGCCGUCUGGACUGAAUUAAUCCCAGCAGCCAUGGCCGCCGCUAUGCCCGCCUCUCUCCUGUUCUUCUUUCUCCUUCUUCUCUGCAAGCCCACGCCUUCAUCUUCCUCGAUUCACUCGCCAUUUUAUAACUACCAAACCCUUGUCUCCCUCACCCACUCGCUCUUCGACCGCGUCGCCAACCACCGCGCCGCCCGCGGCGAUGCAAUUGGCGCCGCCCGGGCACGAUCAGUCGCCGGAAGCAUUGAGAGGGGGCUCGGACUUGGGUUCUGGAAGCUUAUGUUGAAUCUCGGAUGGGACUACGCGAGGAACUACGCCUGGAGAGAUGCGACGUCGUUCGAGAUGCUUGGCGCCGUCUCUGACCUGAACGAGUUGCUCGGAGCUUUGGGAGAGUUGACUCGGUUCGGAUCGGAUGCAGAGAGGGUUGCGUGGGUGAGCGGUAAUUACCGAAAUGUCCUUAGAAUCUCGAAGAAUCUCUCUGGUAAACUGCUCAAGGUGUUUCGACAAUCUGGUCCAUUGCGGGAUGUAAUGGAGACGGUCCAAAAAGAAGUGUGGGAGGGAGACUUACUCAAGGAUUGCUUGGAGUUGGGCGGCAACGAUUUGAAGGGGUUGAUCCAAGUUCUGAAGGCUAUUGCUUUGCAGUUUACUUCCACUUCUUCGACUCGAAGGGAUGAUUUGUAAUCGCUUGCCUGUAAGAUUAUUAUGUUUGUGAAUAUUACUAAUACACUUUGAAUGCUGAAUUAGAUUUAAAAAAACUCUGUGGCCUCU